AUGGGAAAUCUUCCAUUGCUCCUACAAGGGGUCAUACAUAUGAGGCAGCGGGAACGGAAAAAGCUUGAGAAGAAAAAACAUCUAGAAGAAAAUGAGCAGGAGCCAGAGUGGGAUGUGAACAGCGCGUUUGUUGCCAACGCUGCCAGUCACAUAAGACCAAAGAGCAGGAAUAAACUUGACAAGAAGCACAGUGCUAACAAAGAGAAUGAGGAGAAGGUACAAGAGGAUGACGGCACCGACCUCUUGAUCCAGAGGGCCAGGCACCUUGCUGAACAAGGCAUUCAUUCAGUGAAAGAUGGAAACUACACCAAAGCCAUUGAACUGUUUAGCGAAGCAAUCAGAUUAGAUCCUAAAGAUUACAGGUAUUUUGGAAACCGUUCCUAUUGCUACGAGCAGCUGGAGCUUUACCCCAAGGCCCUGGUGGAUGCAGACGUUUCCAUACAGCUCUCGGCUGAUUAUCCUAAGGCCUAUUUCAGGAAAGGGCGUGCCCUGAAAGGAUGCAAUAGGUAUGCAGAAGCAGAAGAUGCCUUCACAAUGGUGUUAAAAUUGGAUGAAGCAUGCGAGGACGCUUUGAUAGAGAUUCAUACGUGUCAAGUAUUGCAGCUCAUGGAUCACGGUUUCACCCAGGGACAAAGCUUUCAUUUGCUUGAAGAAUACGGAUCUGUUCCUGCUGUAAUGGAAGCGCCAAUUUCUGCUAAAGUCUUGCAGGAGAACAUGAAGCUGGAUGAGACGGUAGAAGAGGAGCUGCUCUUCCUAAAUGAAUUGUCAGAGACCCAGAGUUGUUCGCUGUGGGUGGGGAACAUAACGGACCAGAUAACAGAAAAGCAGCUGCGGGACCUGUUUAAAUGUUAUGGUGAAAUCAUUAGCAUUCGAGUCCUUGUUGAAAGAUUUUGUGCGUUUGUUAACUUUACGUGCCCCCUUGCGACAGCCAGAGCACUGGAGGCAUUGCAGGGUAAAGAAGUAGAGAACACGCGGUUAUUGAUUCGAUACCCAGACAAGCCAAGACAAGCGGCUGCAGCAAACGCUAAGAAGAAAGCAGUCUCUAAAGCCAGCGAGUGUUUCUACUGGAGACUGAACAGCUGCAGUUAUGGUGACAAAUGCCGCUACCGCCACAUACCGGAGAACAAAGGCGUGGACCGCAAGCCUUGGAAAAGCUAAGGAAGGAGACGAUGCAGGAGGACGUCAUGAAGUAGUGUGAUCCAAGUGCAAUUUAUUAAGGGAAAUGGACUGGAGAGACCUGUCUCUGCUUCUCGGAAGCUUUCUUAGGCGGUGGUCCGUCCAUCUCCCGUUUCCUGCUGUUGCGCGAGUCCUUUUUGGAUAACGGAUAAGGCGAGAGCUGUGGAUUGAAGCCUGCACUUUACUACUGGACCACGCAGUGGACAUCUGCCCGCACUGUGCCAACUGUUACAGACCAGAGGGACCUGUUACCGACCACAACAUGAAGGCCGGCCCUGACGCAGUAUUUUACGGGGGCGUGAAAUUGUGUAACUGAUGCCGUAGAGAUUGGGGCAGAUUUACUAAUCCUGUCUAAUAUUUAGACAGCCUACAGACGCUCCAAAUUGAUCACAGUGGCCACAUUUGGUGCAUUGUUACAUCAGCUAUUGGUUGACCUACUUUGCGUCAAAAUUCCUGUUGCAUCUUAAGUCACGCCCCUUUCUGGGAAGCCACGCCUCCAGGUGAGCUAGGCCCUGUGGAUUAUUCUCUUUUGUUGCAUUUUCAAAACUUGAUGUAACAUUACGUACCUGAAAGGAGCUCAAAUGAUGGCACUUUUUUUGCGAAAUAGGUCUAGGUGCACAAAAAAAAAUUUUUUUUUACAUUGCUAUCCUUUAGGACGCAUUCACAUGACCGCGCUGUGUUUUGCGGUCCGCAAAUUGGGGAUCCGCAAAACAUGGAUGCUGCCCGUGUGUGUUCCGCAAUUUACGGAACGGGCGGCCCAUUAUAGAAAUGCCUAUUC